CCUUACACCGCCCGCCCGGUCGGAGGUGAGGGAGGGAGAGCCGAGCGCCUUCUCGCAAACCAGUCCAUCUGAGAGCCCCUUGUCGGGCAGGUGCUGGGCCUCACUCACCACAUCCUGUGCAUCUAUCUGCCUGGCCUGCUGGGCUCUGCCUCCACCACGCUGCUCCCCGUCCACCCGCCCGCCUGGUAGACUCUGCUAUGUGGUCUACACUCCCUGCCCUGCUCUGCCUCGGACUGUACCUGAGUCUGAGGGUCGGCACCCAGAACCAGACCCUCUCCAAGCCGCUCAUCUGGGCCAACCCCAGUUUCAUGGUUCCAAACGGGGCAUCGGUGUCCAUCUGGUGCCAGGGGACUCACGGGGCAGUGGAUUACCAGCUGCACUUUAAUGGACUCCCCUUCACCUUGGCGAAACGGGAGCCCCCCAGGCUGGGGAACAAAGUCAAGUUCUCCAUCCAGCCCAUGACCUCCUACAUGGCAGGGCAGUACACAUGCUUCUAUCGAACUGGGGGGCUCUUGUCAGAGCCUAGUGAUCCUCUGGACCUGGUGAUAACAGGAAUGUAUGACACGCCCACCCUCUCCGUUCACCCGGGGCCCCCUGUGCUCCUGGGAGAGAACGUGACCUUCUCCUGCCACCUGGAGACGGCAACGACCACGUUCUUCCUGCGCAAGGAGGGGCUGGCCAGCCGCCCAUGGCGCAGAGUCGGCAACACUCGGGCAGAGUUCCCCAUGGGCCCCGUAACCACUGCCCACAAGGGGACAUACAGGUGUUUCGGUUCUUACAAUGAGCACAUCUGGUCUUUCCCCAGUGAGCCCGUGACGCUCCUAGACACAGGAGAUGUGGGGGUCACUGACCUUGCAUCCCCAGGACAGCCCUCUUCCCCAGGUGAGUAACAGGUGCUUCUAAACG